UCCAAUGAGUUUCUUGCUUUGCAAGUCGCCUUUUUUGAAUUUUCAAUGUUCUAUACUUACAUGAUUCUAGGUUAAAACUGGCCAUAUAUAUGGGCUUUGUUGUGUUAUGUGGUUACGAAGAAGAGUCAGUAACUCUUUUCUACAACUUCUCCUGAGAUUCUGGACGUGCCCAACCUUUGAGCUUGACCCAGAAAGCUGAAUUCUUCAAAACUGAAAACAAAUUUGAAUAGGUCCAUUUGUGGGAUUGGGUUCUGAAUAAGAACUUUCUAAGCAUAUAGACUGGUCUUGCAUUAAGAAGCAGUCUACAAUGGCACUGGCAAGGGCUGCAAGGAGUGGCUUCUUUAGGUCAAGAGGCGCCAUUCCCAGUUACAGUUGUGGGAAAGAUGUGUUCUUUGAUGCGGGGCACACGCAGAAGUUUUUACCUUCCUUUGAAAAUAUUACAUCAGGAGGCAAUUUGUCGCAACUUUCCAGCGUUAGGAAGGUUGAUAUCACAAGUUUCGGGAGCCGGGGAAUAAGGGCAACCCCCCAAUAUCAAUCUCCUUAUGCAGAGAGGGUCACAGAGGAAUCUGAUUUAGAGAAUGAUAGCCCAAGUUAUCCAGGACUGGAGGCAACUAAGCCAGGGGAGAAGCCAAGGGUUGUUGUCCUUGGUACUGGGUGGGCUGCUUGUCGAUUCCUCAAAGGACUUGACACCAAAAUUUAUGAUGUUGUUUGCAUAGCACCUAGGAACCACAUGGUUUUCACUCCCUUGCUUGCUUCCACUUGUGUCGGAACCCUGGAAUUUCGCUCUGUGACUGAACCUGUUGGUAGAAUACAGUCUGCAUUGGCAACGGAGCCCAAUUCCUACUUCUAUCUGGCCUCAUGCACAAGCAUCGACACAAACAAACACGAAGUAUACUGUGAGACGGUUGGCAAUGUUGGACUACCCCAUGAGCCUUACCGGUUUAGAGUUGCAUAUGACAAGCUUGUUAUUGCUUCUGGCGCAGAGCCAUUGACCUUUGGCAUCAAGGGAGUGAACGAACAUGCAUUUUUCCUUCGUGAAGUAAACCAUGCUCAAGAAAUAAGGAAGAAGCUUCUCUUGAACCUCAUGCUCUCUGAAAGUCCAGGUAUAUCAGAAGAAGAAAAGAAGCGCCUAUUACACUGUGUUGUUAUUGGAGGAGGCCCUACUGGGGUGGAGUUUAGUGGCGAACUGAGUGAUUUUAUCAUGAGAGAUGUCCGUGAGAGGUACAGUACUCAUGUUAAGGAUUACAUCCAAGUCACCCUAAUCGAGGCAAAUGAGAUUUUGUCAUCAUUCGAAGUUGGGCUGAGGCAAUAUGCAACAAACCACCUAACUAAGUCUGGUGUUCACUUUAAGCGAGGUGUUGUGAAAGAGGUGCAUGCAAAAAAGAUAGUCCUCAGCGACGGAACUGAUGUUCCAUAUGGCCUCUUGGUAUGGUCUACAGGCGUGGGUCCUUCAGAGUUUGUGAAAUCACUGAACGUUUCCAAGUCCCCUGGUGGAAGGAUCGGUGUGGAUGAAUGGUUCAGGAUUCCUUCAGUGGAAGAUGUGUUUGCACUGGGAGAUUGUGCAGGUUUUCUUGAGCAGACAGGAAAGCAAGUGCUUCCAGCCCUGGCUCAGGUUGCAGAAAGGCAAGGAAAGUUUCUGGUAGAGUUGUUUAAUAGGAUAGGUAAGGAAAAUGGAGGCAAGGCUUUGAGUGGGAAAGACAUCCCAAUGGGAGAGCCUUUCGUGUACAAGCACCUUGGCAGCAUGGCAUCGGUGGGGCGUUACAAGGCGCUGGUUGAUCUCCGACAGUCCAAGGAUGCCAGGGGCAUUUCACAUGCAGGGUUCAUCAGCUGGCUCGUCUGGCGCUCAGCCUACUUGACUCGUGUCGUGAGUUGGAGGAACCGCUUUUACGUGGCUGUCAACUGGGCUACCACGCUGGUCUUUGGUAGAGACAACUCGCGCAUCGGUUGAACUGUCAUGAACCCUAUGGCCUAAGCCUAAUGUGUUACACGCCUCUCGCAUCACCCAUUUUCUAGAUUCAGUGAAGGCAUUCCAAUUCAACCUUGACUUUGCCUUCUUGUCCUACAAAUAUGGGUCGUCGGUACACAUUAAUUAUUAUUGGCCUGCAAGGUGAAACCAUACCCUAGGAAAAAUAAAUUGCCAUUAUCACAGCUGCCUUUAUGUACAAACCACUUUAUUUUUUUAUUUUUAUGUUUUUUUGUUCUGGUUACUUUGAACCAAGUCACUCCAAUUGAAUAAAUUCAUUACUCCAAUUGGUCACACUUUAAGUCAAUUUUUUUUUUUAAACAGUCAGCGUAAAAGCACCGCAACCGAGCAAUUACCCACGUGUUUAUUUAUGGUGUGCGGCCGCCGAGUAAAGUUAGGUUCCGUCAUAGUGACAUCAUCGUCCCUACCGCGUGCGGGUUUGUCUUUCAAACGCGUGGAAUGCAUUUUCCUCUCGCAUGUAUCACCGGACAUUCAUAAGACACGUGUGGAAUGCACUGUUUUGGGAAUGAAUCAUGGCCGUUCAUUCUAAUGAUUUGCCACAGCGAGAUAAGGCAAAAUUGAAAUAUGAAACGACGUCGUUUCCAUGAUUGAAAACAUUUGCAACAGCAAAAACAAAAUCAAUUCAUUCAAAAUUCCUGAAACGUUACAAACACAAAGGGGGGUCUAUUCUCUUUACAAUCUGGUGGUCACUAGAAACUUGAAAGAUGAAGCGGCUGCGAUCAUUGCAAGCGCUGCAAAACCUCUCAAUCUCUAAGGAAAAAAGAAAGCCUCAAAAUUGAGUUCUCCGAUUGGGAUGUGACCGCCGGCCACUGAGUGUGAAGAUGGACGCCACAGAUUGGGCGAACCCCACCACGAUCCCCAUCUUCACCUGACCUCUCUUGGGGAUCGGACGGCCAGAGAGCCUCUGUGAGAAGCUUCCACGGUUGAUCAUGGAUCCUCCUGCACCAUCCAUAGUUUCACAGAAGAUUGAAAGGUUUUCGAUGCGGAAGCUUUGUAAGUGUAAAGGUAAAAGCUUUGCGAGUGUUAAUUGAAGUGGGCUUG